AUGGCCAUCGCUGACACCCGUUUCAAGCUUAACACCGGUGCGGAAAUCCCCGCCUUGGGACUCGGAACCUGGCAAUCAGGCCCCGGUGAAGUCGAAAGAGCCGUGAGCCAUGCGAUUUCUGUGGGAUACAGGCACAUCGACACAGCGUUCUGCUACCAGAACGAGGAGGAAGUCGGCAAAGGUAUCAAAGAGGCCCUGGCAUCCGGAAAGGUCAAGCGAGAGGACCUCUUCGUGACCACCAAGCUAUGGUGCACUUAUCACACACGAGUGGAGGAGGCGGUAGAUCUGAGCUUGAAGAAUCUGGGCUUGGACUACCUGGAUCUGUAUCUCAUCCACUGGCCUAUUCUCAUGAACCCGAAUGGAAACCACCCUCUCUUUCCCAAGCACCCCGACGGCUCCCGGGACAUUAUUCACUCACACUCUCACAUUGACUCCUGGAAGAGCAUGGAGAAACUUCUCGCAACUGGCAAGGUGAAAGCCAUUGGUGUCUCCAACUACAGCAAGCGUUAUCUUGAAGAACUCCUACGUCAUGCCUCGGUGGUGCCCGCAGUCAAUCAGAUCGAAAAUCAUCCAUCUCUGCCCCAGCAGGAGAUAGUUGAUUUCUGCAAGGAAAAGGGGAUCCAUGUCACUGCUUACAGUCCUCUGGGAAGCACAGGCAGUCCCCUGUUCUCAGCUGAGCCUAUUGUGGAAGUGGCAAAGAAGAAGGGUGUCACUCCUGCAACCAUCCUUUUGAGCUGGCACAUUGCUCGCGGCUCCUCUGUUUUGGCCAAAUCUGUCACGCCUUCUCGUAUCGAGGACAACCGCAACCUGGUGGAGCUGGACGAUUCCGACAUGGCUAUUAUUGCCAAAUAUACGGAUGAACUUGCUGCGAAGAAAGCAUUCCAGCGUUUUGUCUAUCCUCCCUUCGGAAUUGAUUUUGGAUUCCCAGACAAGUCUUAG